GUCUAGCCGGUGUGGCGCCUGCAGGGGGAAGCGGGGAGUGCUGCCGAGUCAGCUCCCGCCGGGGGCUUCCCUCUCGGGCGACCGGAAGCUGGUGGGAAAGUUGGCUCAUUUCAUUAUGUGUGCGUCAGUCAAAUAUAACACCCGGGGUCCAGCCCUAAUUCCAAGGAUGAAGACCAAACACCGUAUCUACUAUAUUGCACUCUUUUCUGUUGUACUUCUGGGACUCAUUGCCACAGGCAUGUUUCAGUUCUGGCCACAUUCCAUAGAAUCCUCAAAUGACUGGACAGUUGAAAAGCGCAGUAUUCAUGAUGUACCUGUUGUGAAGAUUCCUGCAGAGAGUGCCAUCCCAGAACGUGGAGACCUCAGCUGCAGGAUGCACACAUGUUUUGAUGUUUACCGCUGUGGCUUCAACCCCAAGAAUAAGAUCAAAGUCUAUAUUUACUCUCUAAAGAAAUAUGUGGAUGAAUAUGGCAUGCCUGUCAGUCAUACCAUUUCCAGGGAAUACAAUGAACUGCUGACUGCUAUAUCCGACAGUGACUUUUAUACAGAUGAUGUCAACCGUGCCUGUCUCUUUGUACCAUCUAUUGAUGUGCUGAACCAAAACACUCUCCGCAUCAAGGAAACGGCUCAGGCUUUGGCUCAGCUGUCCCGCUGGGAUCGAGGAACAAAUCACCUCUUGUUCAACAUGUUACCUGGAGGACCACCUGACUACAAUACAGCACUGGAUGUUCCAAGAGACAGAGCUCUGUUGGCAGGGGGAGGUUUUUCUACAUGGACCUAUCGGCAAGGAUAUGAUGUCAGCAUUCCUGUUUAUAGCCCAUUGUCUACGGAGGUACAAUUGCCAGAUAAAGGACCAGGUCCCCGCAGGUACUUCCUCCUUUCCUCUCAAAUGGCUGUUCAUCCAGAAUACCGUUCUGAACUGGAGGCUCUUCAAGCUGAGAAUGCAGAGUCCGUGCUUAUCCUGGACAAAUGUACCAACCUUUCAGAAGGAAUACCUUUGAUUCAGAAGCGUUGUCACAAGAAUCAGAUCUUUGAUUAUCCUCAGGUGCUUCAGGAAGCCACAUUCUGUGUGGUUCUGCGAGGAGCCCGCUUGGGACAAGCUGUACUGAGUGAUGUACUUCAGGCUGGUUGCAUCCCUGUUGUUGUAGCAGAUUCUUACAUUCUGCCUUUCUCUGAAGUUCUGGACUGGAAGAGAGCUUCUGUGGUGAUACCUGAAGAAAAGAUGUCCGAGAUGUACAACAUUCUUCAAAGCAUACCCCAGCGACAGAUUGAAGAGAUGCAGAGACAGGCAAGAUGGUUCUGGGAAGCUUAUUUUCAAUCAAUGAAAGCAAUUGGUUUGGCAACCCUCAAGAUUAUAAAUGAUAGAAUCUACCCAUAUGCUGCCGCGUCUUAUGAAGAAUGGAAUGAUCCCCCAGUAAUUAAAUGGAGCAGUGUAAGCAAUCCACUCUUUCUCCCACUGAUCCCACCUCAGUCGCAAGGCUUCACUGCUAUUGUCUUGACAUAUGACCGGAUUGAGAGUCUCUUUCGAGUCAUCACUGAAGUCUCAAAAGUGCCAAGCCUUUCCAAGUUGUUAGUAGUCUGGAAUAACCAGAAUAAAGUUCCACCAGAAGAAACACUUUGGCCCAAAGUUCGAGUUCCAUUAAAAGUUGUACGGACUGCAGAAAACAAAUUAAGCAACCGCUUCUUCCCCUAUGAUGAAAUUGAAACAGAAGCAGUGUUGGCAAUUGAUGAUGACAUAAUUAUGCUGACCUCAGAUGAGCUCCAGUUUGGUUAUGAGGUAUGGAGAGAGUUCCCUGAUAGACUAGUUGGCUAUCCCGGUCGCCUGCACUUGUGGGACCAUGAAACAAAUAAGUGGAAGUAUGAAUCAGAGUGGACCAAUGAAGUUUCAAUGGUACUUACAGGUGCAGCAUUUUACCACAAGUAUUUUAACUACUUGUAUACAUACAAAAUGCCUGGGGACAUCAAGAACUGGGUAGAUGCUCACAUGAAUUGUGAAGACAUUGCCAUGAAUUUUCUAGUAGCCAAUGUUACUGGGAAAGCAGUAAUUAAGGUUACACCCAGGAAGAAAUUCAAAUGUCCAGAAUGCACAGCCAUUGAUGGACUAUCACUAGACCAGACACACAUGGUGGAAAGAUCUGAAUGCAUCAACAAGUUUGCUUCUGUCUUUGGGACUAUGCCUCUGAAAGUUGUUGAACACCGGGCAGAUCCAGUCUUAUACAAAGAUGAUUUCCCUGAGAAACUGAAGAGCUUUCCCAACAUUGGAAGUCUGUAAAGAACAACCAGAAAGCAAAUGGGACAUUGAAUAUUAAAUAUGUAAACCAUGAUUGAUGCUAAGGAAAGCAUCCAGCUUUGGAGAAAUGUGCCAGAGUAUGUUACAAAGAAAGGUUAUAGAGAUUAAUGCUCUACUCCUGGUGUAAAUCAAGCAGCUGGGUCUAUAGAGCACAAGACUCUUAAUGCAGAGUGAACCAACAGUGUCCGUGCAAUUAUCAAAAUGUACAUGGACUCCCUGAAAUGCCAGACACAUAUUCUAUAAUGAUGACAUGCAGACACAGAGAAACAUACACAAUACAAAAUAGUUGUGACAUAACAUUUUAUGGCUAUUUUAAUUUGACUCUCUUAUGGAACACAUUGCUAGCCCCCUUGUGAACUCCAUCCUAUGCUGCCAUGAGCUUGCCUUUCUGUUCUGUACAAGGCUAGUUUAUUGGCAUCCUUUGAGAUUUGUGAUUAGUGUUGGUUACACCACAACUAAUGACUUUGCUAAGUAAAAUUAAAAGAGAAGUUGCCAUGAAGUUCACUGGAAUUUCCCUGUUCUUACAGGAAAAGAACAUCACUUAUCCACCUUAAUCAGCAGGUUAUUUGUGAUUAGACAUACUACUUGUUUUCCCUCAUAUUCACAGAAAAGAAAAUUGCAUGGCAGAACACCCACAGACCAAUACACAUUUUGUGUAUAUGUGGUGAAUAUUUAAAUCUUGAGAUCAUUUUGCCUUUUCUAUGAUGGAUCCCCCACAGUUCAGAUGUACAUGGUUAGAACAUCAGCACCUAAGAGUAUCUGUUGCUGUCCUCAUCACUAAAUUGUGUGUCAGCAGCUUAGCAGCGACUGGUCUUGGUCUCUCCAUCAUCAUCCAGCUGCAGCCUUGCUGUCUAUUUUGGGGGACUGACUCUGGGGGACUCCUCUCAAGACGAGAGCCAAAUGGCAAAAGAAGCAGGUGCACAGGCUGAAGCCCAAGAGGAGAAACAGAACCCAAAGGGCAAGUAGACAUCAUUCUCAAUGCUACUGAAACAACAAAAUAGAGCAUAGAAAGGUAGAACUUGGGAAACUACUUCCAGAUAAUACCUUCUGUUUGGCACUGUUUGAAAACUUCUUGCCAAGCAUCUGAAAAGCACACUUUGUACUUUGAACCUCAGUUUAGAAAACAGCACAUUGCAUUUAGAUUCCAAAACAUUUCUGGAAUGAGUUGCACUUCAUAAUUGCCUUGUGUACAUGUACAAUACAUUGGUGUUAAUAGAAACCAAAUGUCUACAUCCAUAUCUACUAGAAGCUGAUGAAGGCUGAUAUUUAUAAUUAAUUCAGUGCCACAAGAUAUUUGAAAUCUCUGAAGUAAAUGAUGGUGGAAUUAGCAGAAAACUUUGAAGACCAUAUGCUAGGAAGUUUAAUGUCUUUGGGUUUCAAAAUUCACAGCCUCGUCUCCCACUGUAAAAAAAUGCUAUGAAUUGAAAACUGCAUACAUAAAAUAAUUAAACUGAUCACAAUAGCAUGAGAAGACCGAACAUGCAAGAUUCUGACAUACUGUGAUGGAAUAAAAUACACAGCUUUAUUUAGUUUGCUUUCUUGAGCCAGGACAGUCAUUGUUUAAUACCAACGUCAGAAAUAACAGGCAUUUGUUAUACAGAGUUACUUCUCUGCCAUUUAAGUAGUAAAUAAAGGUAUUCAGUGCUAGGAAAGAGUAUUUUGUGUUGCAGCUCCUGGAAUCCUUAGCCAGCAUGGCCAGUGUGCCUUCUGACUGGAAGUCGCUGCAAGUUGUAGGAGUAGAUGUUUCCCCUAUGUACCGGCAUUAUCUUAUUUUAUUUAGGUUAAUUAUGUGAAAUUAGCACUUCUUUCUGAGACCCUACCAGAUUU